UUUUAUUUCAUGUUUAUUGUUUUGUGGAGCCUAAUCAUAUGGAUCCAAGUUACGAUUUUCCAUAACAAGGAUAUUUUUCAAUCGUUUCGGAGUUAGUUUAGUGGGCGUGAGGCUCAAGCAAACUUGUCAGUUUCCCCGGGGCAGGUUCGACUCCCGGGGAGACUUGCGCCGUGUCUGGGGUUGACCACGCCCCCUCGCGUGCUGAUUGGCUGCCGAGCUUUUCGCUGUCAGCGGCGUCAAUACAAUUCAAAGAAGUUUUGCACAGCGCCUGACACUUGUUGAGAGAAGCGGCCAAAAAAGAGAACACCUCCACCUCCACCUCCGGCCGGCCGGCUUCGCUGCACCCCUCACCGGGAGUGAUGAUCGAUCCCGAGUCCCACCAGCAGAGCCAGCAUCACUCUUCCGUACCCAAAGGCGCCCAAGAGCCCGCCGAUAUGGCCGUGUACUGCGACUCUCUGAGCGGCAUGUACCACCACCACCAUCACCAUCACCAUCCCUCCCACCACCACCACCACCACCAGCAGCAGCAGCAGCAGCCGCCUCAGAACCUCCAGCCCCCCGCUCACCGAGCCGCCGGCUUCGGCCUGGCCGAGUACGGCUCCCCGCCCAGCCCGUACCUGUGGGGCGUCAACCCGGCCCCGGCUGCGUCGGCGGCGGCGGCCGCGCCGUACCUGCACGCCGGCGGCCCCUCCGGCCCCUUCGGCCCGCCGUCGUACGGCUCCCCGCGGCCGUUCCUGGCCGGCGGCUCGUCGGCCUUCGGCGGCCCGGAGCUGGGCUGGCUGUCGGUGGCCAGCCAGGAGGAGCUGCUGAAGCUGGUGCGGCCGCCCUACUCGUACUCGGCGCUGAUCGCCAUGGCCAUCCAGAACGCGCACGACAAGAAGCUGACGCUCAGUCAGAUCUACGCCUACGUGGCCGACAACUUCCCCUUCUACAAGAAGAGCAAGGCCGGCUGGCAGAAUUCCAUCCGACACAACCUGUCGCUCAACGACUGCUUCAAGAAGGUGCCCCGCGACGAGGACGAUCCCGGCAAGGGAAACUAUUGGACGUUGGACCCCAACUGCGAGAAAAUGUUUGACAACGGCAACUUCCGGCGGAAAAGGAAGCGGAGGUCCGACCCCGCGUUGGCGCCGGGGGCCACCAAGAUGGAGGACGGCGCGCGGGCUCCCACGCCCAAACCCUGCGACAGCCCCCAGCUCCCGGGCCCGCCCUCGCCCUCCGACAUGGACGCCCUGAGCGAGAGCCUCAAGACGCCGUCGUGCUUGAGCAACUUUUACGGCAGCAUGUCCACCCUGGGGGCGCCGGCGGCUCCCGGCGGGCGACCGGCGGGGCCGCUGGGCCUGCUCAACGAGCUGUCCAGUAGGAACAUUAGCGCCUUGCAGGGCCCCUACCAUGCGGGCGGCCAGCAGGACUCGGCAGGGUCCGAGCACGGCGCCGAGGGGCUGCACUUCAACCGCGGCGUGUACUACAACGCCUUUGGAGGGGGGCAGGGCGGACAGUUCAACAGCCACUUGUACAACAGCUUCAGCGUCAACAGCCUCAUUUACCCUCGAGACGGGGCUGAGCUAUAGGUCACCCCCCCCCCCCUCAGCCCCCAACACACACCACCACAAUCACUACCCCCGGAGUAAAACUUCCCAGACACUUCAUUAGGUACAGGCGAAAUAGGAAAUUCCGUGUUUUGUGUUGCUAAGAGACUGUGCGCGUGUACCUAAUGAAGUGGCCAGUUGGUGGAUCUUUUGCUCAUCAUCAAGCGCUUAUCUCCUUUGCUCGUUUGUAAAUGUAGACGUGUGAUUAUGCCAUGUUGUUUGCUCUCCUUUAAGCAUCUUUUCUUUCUUUUAAUAUGUACAGUCCAGUGGUUUGCUUCUUACGAGUGCUGGCCAGGCAAAGUUCAGAAAUGUCGCGCUUUGGCUAGAUAAAGUUAAGCUAGUGGAACUUUAGCCGGAUAAAGUUCGGCAUGUCGAGUUUGUCUCGAUUAAAUUUGAAGCCGUUGAGCAUUGGCUAGCUCAAGUUUGUAUCUGUCAAGCUUUAGCUAGCUAAUCUUGACAGCUUAUCUGUCAAGCUUUAGCUAGCUAAAGCUUGACAGAUACAAACUUUAUCUAGCUAAAGUUCAAGGAUGUUGAAUUUUGGCUGGAUGCUAAAUGAUGGCUAAAGGUAGUUCCGAUAUGUUGAGCUCCGGCUCGAUCAAAUUUUGGCAAUGUCGAAUUGUGGCUCAGGAAAGUUUCAGUAUGUCGAGCUUUGGCUUGCGAAAGUUGGGAUCUGCCAAGUUUUAGCUAGCUCAACUUUCGAGAUGUUGAAUUUUGGCUCGAUAAGCUUUGAGGAUGUCGAGCUCUGGCUCAAUAAAGUGUCGUUAUUUUAAGCUUUGACUCAAGUUUAGAUGAUCAAACCUCGGCUGGAUAAAGAUCAGAUUUCCAGCUUUGGCUAAAUAUUCAGAUAUGUUUCAAAUGAUGCCAAGCUUCGGCCGGAGAACAUUUAAAUAAGUCGCGCUUUAGCAAGGCAAAGGUCAGACGUGUCAAGUUUCAACUCGAAAAAGAUCCGAUAUGUGGAGUUUUGACAAGAUAUCGUUUGGACGUUUCGCGCUUCCGCAAGGUCAUGUCGGGCCACGUGAACCUUUUGGCCAGAUCAAAUUUGAAUCUGUUCAUUUUCGGCGGAGAUAUAAAGUGUAGCCAUGUCGAGAUUUGGCGAUAUCAAGUUCUGAUAUGUUGAGCGUUUUCUGGAAAGAGAUCAGAUAUGUCCAAGUUUUGCCUCGGUCAAGUUGACGUCUGCGCCGCUCGCGGCAAAACCCGCACGGAGCUUUAACUCGGGCGGAUAGGCCGUGACCAGGGAUUUCCAGAUGUGACGAAAUUCCCUCGUGUGAAGACGCGAUGACCAAAACGCUUCAAUUGGCGCCGCUUAAUGAACUUGCAAAUCACACGAACCUCAUAGGGGAGUUUUUUUGUUUUGUUUUGUUUUUUUGCAAUGUUGCUCCGUGGCGGCCCAACGUGCUCAAACCUGCCAAAGUUGCCGUUUCUUUUUUUUUUUUUUUUGGGAGCAGGGAAAAUGUUUGGGUGGGGU